AUGGACGACAACAAGAAUUGGAAGCUCGGAGAGGGUGAUUCGGGUGGAAGAGGAGGAUCUAGAGGCGGAGAUUCCAGCGGAAGAGGAGGGUCUGUAGGUGGAGAUCCAACCGUAGUGAAUGGGGUUGGUUGCAAAGGCGAAACUGGAUUAACAUUGACAAAAAUUCAAAUGGUUGACAACAACAUCAUUACUAUGUUUGUAUCUCUUCGUUGUGACGGUAGUGGAGAUUUUGGUGCAGAGUUCGAAGUCUCCUAUGGCUCAUGUAAAGUCAGGGACGGCCCUGAUUGUUAG